AGGUCGGGGCAAGAUUUGCAUUGCGGAUGCGGGGCAAGGGUCCGGAAAAAGAAGGUACGGUAUACGGACGCAACACGCGGCGCGUCGACCGAAGAGCUUGACGAGCCGUGCCGACUUAAGCCGGUGGAUAAUAUAUGGCGCCGUUCAAGUUACAGCAGGCGCUGCACGUCCGCGGCGACCGUGGCCAGGGUAAUCGCGGUUUCGUUUUAACGACCGAUUCAUACGUCCCAUCAUUGUCCUGCUGCAAUCCUAGCGCCGCGGACAUAGCGCUGUGCCAACAGGCACUAAACUGCGGCGACUUAGUUACUGUGCGCCACUAGCGCGCCUCAUAGACUGGAGGACGGCCACUAGCGUGCACGGACAUUGCGGAUUGCCGAGCGGACUCUCUUCCGUCUCCGCACCGCGCCGCGCUGCCUACAUAACCUAGCGGCAUAGCGCUCCUUCAGUCAUGGGGGGCUCCUGCUCUCGCGCUGCAGUGCCUCGGGGCGAAAGGGACGCACUGGUUGCAAUGAGCAGUCGUGUGCGCGAUGAAGAGGGAGACGUCGACAGUAAGUGACCGAGUUUUCUAUAUUUAUCAGUUCUCAUUGUUUGGGUCAACGCUCUUUUUACAGCGCGCCUCACGAAGCAAUUAACUCUCUUGUCGCUUGUUGCCGGCUGACGCUUUUAUGGUCCCCUGAACAACAUAUCAUGGCUGAUUUUGGAAAAGCUCUCUUGGAUGCCGCUGGCGCCUUCCCGCUCGACAAGUAUCGCUUCUUGCGACGCUUGCGGGAAACGUCAACAGAGCAGUACUACCAGCUGCUAUGUUAUUACACCCAACAGGUGCUGCCCUACAUCUACACGCCCACAGUGGGCGAGGCCUGUCAGCAGUACCACGCAUUGCGCAUACAGGCGCGAGGGCUGUACCUGCGGAUAGACCACAGGCGCUCCAUCCUGUCCCAGCUCAAGGCCUGGCCGCAAAAGGACGUGCGCGUGAUCGUGGUCACGGACGGCGAGCGCAUCCUGGGGCUGGGCGAUCUGGGCGCGAACGGCAUGGGCAUCAGCGAGGGCAAGAUCGAGCUGUACACGGCCGCCGCGGGCGUGAAUCCCGCCGUGUGUCUGCCGGUGUGCCUGGACGUGGGCACCAACAACACCCAGCUGCGCGAGCACCCCGUCUACGCCGGGUUGCGGGCGCCGCGCCCCAUCCGGCAACAGGUGUACGACGAGUUCGUGCAGGAGUUCAUGGAGGCUGUCAAGAUCUGGCAGCCGCACACGCUGAUCCAGUUUGAGGACUUCGGAAACAACAACGCGUUCAGGAUCCUGGACAAGUACAAGGAUGACUACUGCUGCUUCAACGACGACAUCCAGGGCACUGCCGCCAUCACUCUGGCGGCGCUGCUGGCGGCACUGCGUGUGACGGGCCAGCGCCUGGCGGACCAGCGCAUCCUGUUCAUGGGCGCGGGUGAGGCGGCCACGGGAAUCGCGUCCCUCAUCUCCUUCUGCAUCCACCGGAGAGACGGCGUCAGCGAGCAGGCCGCCCGCCAGCGCUGCCACCUGAUGGACAGCAAGGGCCUGGUGCUCGCCAGCCGCACCGACCUGCAGCACCACAAGCGGCCCUUCGCGCACAGCGACGUGCCGCCCUGCGCCACGCUGAUCGAGGCGGUGCGCGCCAUCAAGCCCACUGCCAUCGUUGGCGUGAGCGCGGUGGCGGAUGCCUUCACGCCGGAGGUGCUGGCGGCGAUGGCGGAGCUAAACGACCGCCCCAUCAUCUUCCCGCUGUCCAACCCCACCUCCCUGGCUGAGUGCACCUUUGAGCAGGCGUACCGCGCCACGAACGGCCGCGUGCUCUUCGCCAGCGGCUCGCCAUUCGACCCGAUUGUUGACGAGCGCGGCAUUGCGCACCACCCGCCCCAGGCCAACAACGCCUACAUCUUCCCGGCCGUGGGCCACGCCGCCGUGCUCACCAAGUCCAAGCGCGUGCCCGAGGAGGUGUUCCUGGUGGCGGCGGAGCGGCUGUCCGUCAUGGCCACGGCCGCGGAGCUGCAGGUGGGGGCGCUGUUCCCGCCCUUUGCCCGCAUCCGCGACAUCAGCGCCCACGUCAUGGCGGCGGCGGCCGCACACCUGGUGGACGCGGGGCUGGGCGCCGUGCCGGACGGCUGGCCGGAGCAGCGGGAGGGCUGGGCGGCGGCGGCGCGGCAAGCCAUGUGGUCGCCGCCGCUGCCCUCGGUGCCUGUCAGCCGCCUGUGAGCGGGGCCGGAGGGGUGGCGUGGCGCCGGGCUGUGAGGGCCGCCUGUGAGCAGUGUGGCCGUGUGCCGUGCCUCGACAAGUCGUGCCUAGUGAGGGGCUGUGAGGGCCUUGAGUCCUGUGAUCGGUGUGCUGUACAGGGUGCCAGUGGGUGGUGUGUCUGCCUGGAGAGCUUUCUGGGUGCCGUGGACACACAGAGGCGUUAGUUGGGACGUGGAGUGGGGAUGGGCUCAGCCGUGAGCCGUACGCGGUUUGAUACAAGUGAAAGGGUAGCUGGUGAGUAGCGUGCAGGUGAGAAUGCAGUGUGUGCGUGCUGCGAGAAAGCGAGGGAGAGAUAGAGCGAGGGAAGAGAGAUAGGGAGCGUUGUGCCCCCAAGGACUGAAAGACUGAGCGACUGACGAGCGACUGAGAUAGCAAUGGACGCGAACCGGACGAAGAUUGAGUGGCCCAGUCUUUGACAGUGAUACUGCGGUGACAUUCAUUACCGUCUUCAGGAAUGUACGUAAGUGCGUAACCGCCUCAGCAGUGCGCGGGCGGGCGCCGCAUCAUCAUGGCCUUGCCGCCUUCACCACGUGGUGCCGGCUCAAGGGCUGCGUCCAGCACUCCAGCCUUUUGCAAUCAACAUUCAGGACCCACAACUGGACGAAAUGCCACACCGCGCUACUCCUGUAAUUCCCUGUCCCG